AUGAAUAUAUACGAUGCUAAUUGUGGAAAUGCGUUAUCAUACGCAUAUAAUAAACCUCAUUGUGUAAACGGGACUUUUAUUUUGGUUUGGCGAUGUGACGUCACAAAGCUGCGCCGCGCUCCUGCAUUUGUUGUGAUUCGGCUGAAGAAAGAUGAGAGUGAAGACAUGAAGAUUGAAGAAGCAUUCAGAGUCAAACAUGAAGAUACUGAGGAACAAACAAAGAUGGCGUUUAUUAAAGAGGAGAGUGAAGACAUGAGGAUUGAAGAAACAUUCAGAGUCAAACAUGAAGAUCCUGAGGAACAAACAGACCUGAUGGCACUGAAAGAGGAGAGGGACGUACUGAAUGAAAUUGAGGAGAAAGAUCAGUAUGAGAAUCAAAAUGGAAACCUUGACGUCCACAGCCUUUUUACCUGCCAACAGUGUGGAAACAGUUUCACUUGUAAAGGAAGCCUUAACACGCACAUGAGAAUUCACACUGGAGAGAAGCCUUACACAUGCAAUCAGUGUGGAAAGAGUUUCAGUUUUCAUGGAAACCUUACAGUCCACAUGAGAGUUCACACCGGAGAGAAGCCUUACACAUGCAAUCAGUGUGGAAAAAGUUUCAAUCAACAAGGAAGCCUUAACACGCACAUGAGAGUUCACACUGGAGAGAAGCCUUACACAUGCAAUCAGUGUGGAAAGAGUUUCAAUCAAAAAGGAAACCUUGACAUCCACAGGCAAAUUCACAACACGGACAGCCUUUUUACCUGCCAACAGUGUGGAAACCGUUUCACUCAUAAAGGAAGCCUUAACAGGCACAUGGCAAUUCACACUGGAGAGAAGCCUUACACAUGCAAUCAGUGUGGAAAGAGUUUCAGUCAUCCUGGAAACCUUAAAAUCCACAUGAAUAUUCACACUGGAGAAAAAUCUUUCACCUGCAAACAGUGUGGAAAAUGUUUUAACAAAAAAGGAAACCUUAAUUACCACAUUAAAGUUCACACUGGAAAGAAGCCCUUCAUCUGCCAUCUGUGUAGAACAUUUUUCAAGCGAGAACGAAACCUUAAAGUUCACAUGAAAAUUCACACUGGAGAGAAGACUUUCACAUGCCUUCAGUGUGGAAAGAGUUUCAAUCAAAAACGAUACCUUGAAGCCCACAUGAGAAGAAUUCACACUGGAGAGAAGUUUCAACUGAAAAGGUAACCUUAGGUACCACAUGAAGAUUUACUCAAGAGGGACCUGUUUAAAUGUCAUCAGUGUGGAAUGAGUUUUACAGACAAGAAAAACCUAGGAAUCAUUCAGGUGCAUCAGAGAGAAGCCUGUCAUGUGCAUUCACUGUGUAAAGACUUCCAGAAAGAAAGCAAAUCUUGAGUUUCACAUAAGCUGGAUGAUGGCAUACCAUCUUCUGUAGAGCUGCUUUACAGCUGAAUCGCAUCUUGCAAUAUUGACAUUGGUACCUAACUGAAUUCAGUCAACACUGAACUGUUUCUAAUUGAAUAACUACAUUGCUGUCUUUUGUAGAACUGUUUACAGCUGAAUUUAUGUCAUUUCAAACUUAAACCUGCUUUACAGCAGAAUCUGAAUUUUCCUGUUAAUCUCUUAAGUGUUUUGACACAGUCUGUAUUAUAAGGAGAAUUAUUCAUGAGAGGGAAUUAUCAGAGGUGGGACCAAGUCAUUGUUUUGCAAGUCACAAGUAAAUCUCUCACAAGUAAGUCUUUGCAUUCAAAUCUCGAGUCAAGACAGAAAAGUCUCGAGUCAAGUCCAAGUUGAGUUGCAAGUCCUCAACUUUAAGCUUCAAGUCCACGAUCACACCGAUUUUAAAUGUAUGACAUGGAGGCAAAGAACCACCACGAAGUGCAUUUAAAAUCCUUUAAUGCGCGGCUAGCCGUUGAUUAUCCCGCUGAUUUCAUAGUCAUUUGCCAAGUUAUAGACAAGUUAAAACUAUGAUUGCUCUUUGCAGCGCAAUAUUUGACCAGAAGGGUAAAAAUUUUCGUCAGUUACAGCUUGUUAGCGCUAGCAUUCUGCCCGCUUCAAAUCAGACACAGAGAUGAAAUAAGAUGCAGUGCGGUAAGAUCCAAAUGUCAUGCCAGUUGCGCAAUCCAAGGCUAAUGACAUGAAGUUGGUCUGGACGAGGAUAAGAAAAAUGACCCAGCCUGCUGCCACUGCAUUCUUUAUUUCACAGGCGAUUUUAUGUACAACUCUGCACACGGUUGAUUUCGGGAUAGAAAAGGUCCGCGCUGUGACUCUGUAAGGGGCCGUUCACAUAUCGCGUCUUUUGCACUCUCAAGUUCGUUAUUUCAAAUGUAGACGUGCAGCAGACGUGCUCAUAAUGGAAGCGACGCGCUCAUUUUUUCCAGGCGCGUCCACACCGCAUCGAGAUAAAAACAUUUAAACUUUUCAGAAUGCCGCAAGUGCACCACGGGUCAUGUGACAAGAACCAAACAAUCAGCUUCAUCCUUUCCCAUAACAACAUUGAAAGCUCAGCCAAGAUGAAGGAACAGCUGAUCAUAGCUGUACAGGGAUAGGCAUUUUUAAAUAAAUUUAGUAGCAGAGCUACUGCAAGUGAUUUUUAGUGUUGGAAAUCCAUUAAUCCUUUGCUGAAACUUCUGCGUCUUAAGAUGCACCGCAUGACCGUCGCAUGUAAAUCUGUGAUAGAAAUCACGAACUACAGACUUUCUUGGAUUGGUUUCCCCCACCCAAGACACAGACCAGACUGAAAUUCCUUUUUUCACAGAACAUGUCCUUAUGUUCUACACAGAACUACGCAGACACUGUCUUUUCCAUAUGCACCUAAAAUCAUCUUAAAAGGACUUAUGAGCAACUAAUGAUUUCUAUGCAUAACUCCAUAUUAUGUAUGUAGCCCACACAUUUGACUAUCAUGUUUUAAUCACAUAUUGUGUAUGUCUUUUUAAUAAAUAUUGAAUAGCUUAA